CGCGCGCCACUCCACACCGGGAGCAGCGCAUGAGGUUGAUGCCAGCCAAAGAUAGAUGGGAUGACGCGGGAGGAAAAACCUGCACAACUAAAGAGAGGAGGCGUCUGAUGAGUGAGAGCAAAACUGUGAGAGUUACGGAACAGGAUAAAGACAUAGUAGAGGGACCGGGUUGGAACCGGGAUCACCGCUGUUCAGGAUCUUUCUGAAAUUUCCGACGUCCGAGGCCAGUCCGGUGCCAGCUGGAGACAGUGAGAAAACGAGGCAGGACACGGACACAGGGGGUGGAAAGCUUCGGGAGGACACCGCUGGAGCUCUUCUCUGUGACUAAAACUCCAUGCAAGAACAUUGCUGCUCUCUCUUUCUACCAUUCUGUGAUUGACCAGUGACCUGUUUUGCUGUGCAGUGAUGGAUUCACCCACAGAUCUUUUUGAUGACUCGUCCCCCCAAAUACAUAGAUUUGCUCCCCCUCUCACCUCUACAGACCUCCCUGGAGUUCACUCUCAGUCUACUGCUGCUCGCUCUACUCCCGCCUUUAGACCCCCUGUGUUCCCCCUCAUCCACCAUCUCUUCCAGCCAGGCGGAGGCCCCAGGAGGAUCGGAGGAAUCCUUGGCUCAAACCUGAGCACCCACAGACACCUGGAUGACACAAGUUUGGAGGAUGACAACAGAGUGACAGUUAGACAAAUAGAGCAAGAAAUGGAAGGAGGAGAGCAGGGGGUGACAGAGGGAGAGGGCAACAUGUUGGGGGUGAAGAAGAGGCACAAUGAUGCCACCCUCAUGGCCGAGUGGAGUCAAGACAUCCUGAAAGUGAAGAGGAUGAAGCUGGAUAGCCGACAAAGGGAUGGGGAGAUGGAGGAGGGAUGCAAGAGGCGUGAGGUAGGAAGGGAGGGUAGGAGGAGAGAGAGGGAGGAGCUGAAAGAACAACUGGAGGAGGCAAGAGAGAGACUGCAGGCCCUACAGGAGAAAGUGUGGAGGGCUUUUGGGGAAAAGCACAUGGCAGAGGAGAAGAAGAAAAGAAAGUACCAAAACGGGAGCAAUGAUGGAGGUGAUGGAGGAGAAGAAGAUGAAGGGAUGAUAGAGGAAGGGGACAUUACAGGGGGGAUGUAUGAUGAAGAGGACAUUGAUGGUGGAGAGAUGGAAAAGGAAUCUUUUUCUCUCCUUUCUGUCUCCCCUUUUGACAAUUUUCAUAAAAACAAGGAAGAGCUGCUAAAAGCAAGAGAAGGGAGGCUGGAGAGAGGAAAAGGCAGUUUGCAUUUGGAGGGCAUGGUGGAGGGAUCAGGGUUGUGGAUGGACUGUGGAGGACUGGUGAGAGGAGACUGGGAUGGAGGGAUGGAAGAUGAGGAUGAGGAGGGAGGGCAGAAGUUUGCUCAGGCGCUGAAGCUGGAGCUGGGCAGCGCCGUGGCUCAAGUCAUUGACCGAGUUCUCCGCCUUUACACUGAGAUGACAGACCUCGCUCCUUCUUCCCCUCCAGCCACCAUCUCUUUUCACCCGUCUGAUCCGGGACACGAUGGAGGGAGGGAAAGGGGAGUGUGGAUGGGACUUUUAACUGGAGGAAGACGGGAGGAAACAGUGAAAGGGAAGGUGGAGAAAACAGGAGGGCAGGGCGGAGACAGAGAGGAGCAACUUAAAAAAUUAAGCAAUGGGAGCAGCCUUCCUCCUGGACCGGCACAUCGCGCCGAGUCAUCAGACCUGGCAACGCCAUUGGCUGUUCACAGGUCACCUGACACACGAAAGGCUUAUCCACUCUUCGGCCCAUCUCUCUCUACUCACCUUAACCCCUCUCACCCAAACCUCCCCCUGCAUCACCCCUCUUUACCUCGUCCUCCUCCUCUCCCUCACCCACCCCUUUUACCCCCAGCGUCACAACCCAAGGAUCCCUCUUCCUCCUCCUUCCACCCGUCUUCAUCAUCCUCUUCUUCUUCCUCAUCUUCCUUCCCAGCACCACCCCCUCUUCCUCCUCCUCCACCUCUGCCUCUCCCAUUGCUUCACUACUCCAUGCAGCAACUCUUCUCUCGCUCACUUCAUCACCCUCAACUCCCCCAUAUCCCCCAGUCACGCAAGGACUAUUUGAGCUCAGACCCUUUCCUGGAGUUCUCGUCUCACCCAUCCUUCCCCCCUCUCCCUUUGCUCGGCCACCUGGAUCCAUCGCUUGUGCGCCACGCUCACGGAGGCAGAGAGAGGGAGAGAGGGGUGAGGGGAGAUGGCGGCAUGAGGGGAGGAGGAGGAAUGGACGGAGGAGAGCUCUACCUGACUGCUGGGGGGAUAUCCUUUUGUCAGCAACCUGGAAGAAAUGAAAGAGAAGAGGGCUUGUCUCCAUGCCAUCUGAAGAAAGCCAAGCUCAUGUUCUUCUACACCCGCUACCCCAGCUCCAACACACUCAAGACGUAUUUCCCUGACGUCAAGUUUAACCGCUGUGUGACCUCCCAGAUGAUCAAAUGGUUCAGCAACUUCCGGGAGUUCUUCUACAUCCAGAUGGAGCGCUUCGCGCGCCAGGCUGUCCGCGAGGCGCUCACCCGGGAAGGCACACCUCGCCUGGCCAGAGACAGUCAGCUGCGAGUGGGUCGCGACACUGAGCUGUACCGCAUACUGAACAUGCACUACAAUAAAAGUAACAUCUACCAGGUACCAGAGAGGUUCAUCGAGGUGUCAGAGGUGGCUCUGAGAGAGUUUUACUCUGCUAUUUGGACUGGGAGGGACACUGACCCCUGUUGGAAGAAAGGAAUAUAUAAAAUCAUCUGCAAGCUCGACAGCCCUCUGCCAGAUGCAUUCAGAAUGCCUGGAUGUCCAGUUGGCUGAUGACUGAGCUGCUGCUACUGCGUCCAUGAAUACAAAUGCAUGCUCAAACUGUUCUACUCAAAGAAGGGAAAUUUAUUUAAAAAAAAAAAAAAGAUUCACAAACUGCAUCAUGUGGGACUGUGAGAACUGAAAUGUGGCAGCUUUUCCACAAUAUGAUGUAAAGAAAAAAUGAUUACUUAGUUUAAAAAGCAGGGGUAGACACAUACAUGCUCAAACCAACACAUAUUCACAAAAGACAGACAUGCUCAGUGCUUAAAUUACAGUCUUGUGACUGCACUUAUCGAGGGACGUGCCCAUACCAUUGAAUUAAAACGGACGGAGCUGGAAUUCCUCCUCCAAACAUUCCUCAGCAGUCAGUUGACUUGUGAAAUCACUGUGCGCCUACACAGGUUUGAUAAAGCUGCCCUGAAAAAACCAAGAGUUGCUGCAAUCGGAGAGCUGGAACAAACUUUUAAUUAUUAUGUCACAGAAUUAUGCAUAGCGGCUACGGGUGUGUUAACAUGAGGUGGCUGGGUUUUCAGAUGUAUCCUCCAAAUUUAUGAGCAUCGUUCACCCGCCACAAAAUAAAAUCUUUAACAAAAGAGCACAUUUAUUCACAAGUGAUUCAUUUAAAAUACUCAAAUUAAUAAGAAAUGCUAGUCAGUGACCUAAAUGUACAAUAAAUAGUGAAUAAAAGCCCAAACAUUUCUCUCUCUCUCUCUCAGAAGCGUUCAUCUUCAAACAUUGUUUACUUGAGAUUACGUUUUAUUGUUGCCUUGUGUGUGUGUGGGCUUAUCAGGAUGCAUUAUUUUUUCCUUCUUUUUCAGUAAUAUGAAGCUGUCGUGUUUCACCUGAAGCUGGGUUGUGUAUUUGUUUGGAAAGCAUUUGUUUGUAUUGCUGCACAAUGUUUUUAGUUUACUGUAGGAUAGCAGGAACGAACAGGAGCUCAGAGGCAUCAGGAAGUGGAAUAUUUUGGUUGUGUAUUGAUCUCUGUUCAGCAUUUAAUUAUUAUACAGCUUUUGUACAUGAAGGAACAGUUUAAUUGUAUAUUUUCAAGAGGGACACUAUACUGAAUUUAAAAUAGUAAAAGUGUUGUUUUGUCGUUUUCUUGAUGUUCUUCUAUUGUUGAAUUAUUAACUUUUAUAUUCAAUGUGAUGUUAAACUAAAGAGGACACUUGCACAGUUACUGAAAAUCAACAAGUUUAUCUGCUGUAUAUCAUUAAUCUUUGAUCUAAAAUGAAGUUGAAUUUUCCUCCAUAAAUAUUUGUGAUGUGAAUUUAAGUGCAUGUUUCCCAGAUUAGCAUUUCACACUGUAAUCAUUCACUGAUUAUUUUGCUUUCAUUUUGUACAUAUUGCAUUCUCUACUGUAGAUCUGUGCCUCAUUAAAACUUUGAUGUUUCAACUUAUCGUCAGAUUAAAGCGAUAACAGACUUG